ACAUUGUACUUUCACUUUGAACAUGUCUGCAUGAUGAGGAAGUUGUUCAGGUAUUAGAGACAGAAUCAUGGACCAACAAGAGACGCGAGAUGAACCCCUUACGUUUGCAGACCUGGGAAUAACUGCAGCACCGAAGCUAGAAGAAGGGGCAUUAGGCAAGAAAAGACCUCUGAAAGAUUUGGAGAAGAAGGAAAUAGCGUUUGCUGUGAUAUCAAUACUCAGUUCAUUGGGUGCCAUAGGCCUGGCCAUUCAACGAUUAGCCACCACCAGUAAUGGGAAUCCAGACUUCACAUUUGCUCUCGUCAUCAUUAUUAAUGCUGUUUUUUGUAUGUAUUACGUUUUUCACGGCCUCCUUGCGGAGCGACCCUAUGAGAUCAUCGUUAUGGUGUUAGCGACCAUCGCUGUUACGAUUUAUGUCAUCGUUAAUUUUAUUCUGGGUCCCAAAAAGGAUGUCAAAAUUGCUCGAUUGGUGCUCGUAUGUCUUUUGAGUCCUGUCAUCGUUGUGAUGGGGUGUAUUAUCGCCAAAGAGUACCACGAUUCUGGGAGACUGAUUUUCCGGAUGGUGGGCGCUGAUUCCACUCUACAAGGAUUCUGUAAAAAUCUCUUCUUGUUCCUGGGUUUGCAGAAGUUUGAUCUACAACUAAAUGUGACGAUGGUGCUGUUAAUUCUUCAGUCCGGGACUAAAGUAGACACAGAGGACAUCGUCAUCAUAGCCGUCGGAGUUCCGGUCACCAUCGCGUGUUUUGCUCUGGGUUACCUCAGCGUUCGAUGGGAGAACAAAAAGCUGGGCAUUAUAUAUGCAGUGUCGCUGUUACUGGCUCCAGCGUACAUAAUAUACAAAGUAUACGAGUCUGCUGACGAUUUGGCAAAAUUCUCAACGACACAAUUUCAAAAUGGAACAACAACAUCACAACAAAACUCGGCUCUUUCGGGAACAACAUUUACAAGCGCAGGAUUAGCUCUGUUGAUUCGAGUAUUGAUGGCGAUAUAUUUUGUAAAAGCUGUCCUGAAUUUUGGUUAUGGACUAAAAUACAAAGUGUAUGGGGACCGCAGCAAUCUUCACGUCAACUCGCACCCUACGUAUAACGCCAUAGAUGACAGCAGUUAAUGGUAUACGGCGGGACGGAGCCACCGAGUAAGGAAAACGAGGCACCACCUCAGGCAGCUCAACCGUAACCACAAACUGUCACCACCUCCUGGGGGGAGAAAAGGGGGGGGGGGGGGUAGAUCGAACAUAUCAACUCCGGGAAAGGACGAUUCUGAAAUUUAUACCAUGUUUGUACAAUGUUGACAAUGAAAUCCAUCAUGAACUAGUAUCAUUUUUUUUUCUUUUGGAAAGUGAUUAGUGCUUUGUUUUUAUGUCACUUUUUUACGUGUUCUCUGGAGACUUUAUUUAAAUUUGUCUUUACAGCAGCUUCGUCAGAUACCCCGGAUUUCGUCUUUUGGGUACACAUUUUGAGUUUAAGACAAGUUCACCCUUGGGUAACUGACGAUGCUUCAGUACAUAUCUUUCUUUCUUCGCGCUUAUCGCUGUCUUAACCGGUGUUAUUGCAUAGGAAUUGAUCACUGCUAUAUUACCAUUGUGCUGAUGAUAUCAGAAUAAAAUUUUCCUUGUUUCGUCAACAGAUCAGAUAAUCAAAAUUGUUACGUAUGAAAGCUCUUUUUUAUACAAUGAUUUUAUUGUGUCAUGAAUAUGUGUGUAUUUUAAUAUAUUAUUAAGUAAUUUGUGAAACAAAUUGAUAUAAUAAAUUUAAUAUAUUUUUGUCAAGAAAA